UCCAAUUCAAAUUCUCUGUCGUGAUGUCGAAGACCUGCUCGUGCUGUCUUUCCUCACAACCGAGCGCUCUCGGCGAGGCUUGCGUCUUUGGCGUUUUCAAGGCGCAAUCCCCAGACUUUGGUGGAUCGUGGAGAGCUCCUUCGUCUUCCGAUGUCACACCGUGCCAUCCGACGCGCUGGACGACACAGCAAGGAACUCAAGACGACGAGCCAGCUACCAGGAGACCGAGUCGCGUGAUGAGUCCAGUCCAAUGCGCUGGCACUGCGAGUUCGGAGAGCAGAGGGAUUUGCAAUGGUCGAGACUGGUCGGUGUGUCUCGAGUAAAGUCGAUAUGCGCUCUUCGACUUCUGGUUCACCGUUGUUUGAAGCCGGUCCGUGAUUGCGGUAGCGAUGCCACCGUCGUACUGCAGGUUGAAUCCUUGCGCCUUCGCUUUGUAUCGUUGCUGGGAUUCGAG